AAAAUUGUAACCAUUUGGCAAGUUACGAUUCAUACGACUCACCAUAUCCACUCUACGCCAUGGCUUUCUCUUCUCUCUGCACCAACACUUCCGAUCACAGAAUCGCCGUCGGAAGUUUCCUCAAAGAUUACAACAACCGCGUCGACAUUAUCUCUUUCGAUUCCGAUUCCAUGACUCUUAUUACGCCUUUUGUGGAGUUGGAUAUCAAGUACUUUGAUCUUGAUGCUACGGAUGACAAAGUUACUAUUGAAAGUGCUGAAGCUACUAAGAAGUACAAUGUGGCGUUCAAGUGUGCCACCAUCACUCCAGAAAACGGAAGCUACACAGAGAUGGAACAUAAUCACUUGAGAUGAUUGUAGUUUAGAAAUUAUAUUCGUGUAAUAUUGAUUAUAUGGGCCUUAAAUGGAUAAGAUCAUACAUAUACAAUAACUUUGGUGUAGAAUGGAUAUGGUUCAGUAAAAAGGUUUCCGUAUG